AUGAUCGAGGCGGAUUACAACCAACUCGAGGUCGUCGUCCUCGCGGCGCUCUGUCGGGACCCCCGGAUGAUGCAGGAGAUGCGGGAUCAGGUCGACUUCCACUGCCUGCGCGUCUCGUUGAUGACGAAAGAGCCCUACGAGGCGGUCGUGCGGAAGGUUAAGACGGAGAAAGACCCACGCUACGUCCAGCUCCGACAGCAGGCGAAGGUCUUUUCGUUUCAACGCCAGUACGGCGCCGGCGUCGCCACGAUCGCGACGACGACCGGGUUGACGGAGCAAGAGGUGGAUCGCCUGAUCACCGCCGAGGAGCAGCAUUACAAGGAGCUCGGGCGGUAUUAUCAGCUCGUGAUGGACUGCGUCGAGGCCGGCGCGGAUCGCCUGAUGCGGCUCCGCACGCUGGAUACCCCGCAUUGGAAUGCCAACCUCCGUCGCAUCGUCAUGCUCACGGAGCCGCUUUAUUAUUUCGUCGUCCCCACCGGCAGUAAGUUCGACCUCACGAAGGAUCGAAAGAGCAUUCCACGGCUCAAAAACUACCCCGUUCAGGGCCUCGCGGGCGAGAUCGUCCAGAUCAUGUGCGGCGUUAUCCUGCGAAAGUUCUACGCGACGCAAAAUUAUCAACAAAAGGCGUUUUUGGUCAACACCGUGCACGACUGCGUGUGGGUGGAUGCGCAUGAGUCCGUCGCGGAGCAGGUGAAGGAGGAUCUGCAGGCGGUGAUGGAUAACACGCAGCAGGUGAUCGGGGAUCUCUGGCCGGAGAUGAACCUCGACGUCCCCUUCCGCGCGGAGAUCCACUCCGGCAUCUCUCUAGGGGAACUCUAA